UCAUCGAGGGUUGACAAGAAGUAUAUGUUCACCAUGGAAACAGCACGAGUUCACACAACACCAUUUCUAGCCGUCUCCUGGCUUGGGCCGAGCCAGCAAGCCCAUGUACGUGUUCGAAAUGACCUAGACAGCUUGCUUAUGGGCCAACUCGAAAGAGUGAUUCGGAAAUGGUUCUUAGCGCAUCCCAAAAUGUUGUGAAAGUGAGUUUGCUGCAUCUGGGAAUUGCUUGCUCGCUAGCGUUCUCUGAACUAGGCCAGAUCGGAGGAGAUCUGCAUGUAGCGCAAGCGUCCAUGCUUCGUUAUUGCGCGUACCACGAAGCGCGUGUUGGAACUCGGGCCCUAUCCCAGCUAAUUUUCCAGGACCUCCUAGAAAGCAUGCUCAGUUGUAAUCUUCCCCGCAUUCGAGAAAAGCAUUGGUUCUGGAGAUGCCACGAUACAGCUCAGCUCGUCCCAUCGUGCCACUUCAGUCGUACUAAAUCCAUGAUGGAUAAUCGAUACUCGGUGGCUCGGCAGUUGCUCUCGAUUCCCGUGAUUUCAGUCCAAGGACUGCCAUGCAAAUUGAAGCAUCACUAGAUACCAGAAUGAUCAGUAGGCGGCCAUCAUAGAUCCUGUCACGGUGUGC